AUUGGCCGCUGCUCUUGAUUCUUGAUGUUUGAAAUAUAAAAGCGGACUGGUCGGUCGGGAAGAGCAACAGUUGAGUAUUGGAUCUUGAAGAGGUCACGAGGUAGAAGGCAAAGCAUUUGUGAAGUGAAGUUUUAGUCAGUUAGUUUCAAAGACUCAAAAUGAAACCAACCUGCUUACUGGUGCUAGUGGCAUUGGCCGGAUCUGCGGUGGCAUUCCCCCAGGGCGGUCAGGAGGGAGUUCUGGUUCAGAUGUCAGAGCUGGAACCAGUCCAACAAGCGGCUGCCCUCAAUGAGCAACCCCAGCCGGAACAGGAAGUCGCUCUCGCUGCCGAACCACAACAGGAACAGGAAGUCGCCCAGCAGGACGCCCCGGUCGUCGAUGAAGCUGCUAUCGAUCCGGCCCAGUUGGCUCAAGUUGCUGAUCACGAAACUGCUACCGGUGAACAGGCUGCCCGUGCCAAGCGUCAAUUUGGAUUCGGAGGAAUCGGAGUCGGUGUGGGACUGAUCGGUGGAGGAUUCGGAGGACCAGGAUUCUAUGGUGGCUAUCCCGGAUAUGGUGGUUAUGGAGGAUACGGUGGAUAUCAUGGAGGUUACGGAUAUCACGGAUAUGGCGGAUAUGGAGGUUAUGGACAUGGACACGGAUAUGGCCACCGUCAUCAUCAUCACCACCAUCACGGAUAAAUCAUUUGAGCGAAUGCACGAGGAAAAGUGAAACCAAUGUGAUAAGUUAUUUAUAAAAUUAAAAAAAACAAAUUCAA